UCUCCGGCUUCAGCUGGGUGGUCUCCCCCUGCUCUGGGAGGCCUGCCUCACAGCUCUCGGUCCAGGCCGGGCAGGGAGUAAGCAGCAUGGUGUGCUCUGUCACUCACCACAGUCUGGGCGCUGUCUGUCUGUCACACAGCCCUGUCAGUCUGCUAUAAACCGGGACCGGGGGCCGACAACGGCGAGGAAGGAGAAAUAGAGGAGGAGAUGGAGAACCCGGAAAUGGUCGACUUGCCCGAGAAGCUUAAGCACCAGCUGAGGCAUCGGGAGCUGUUCCUGUCGAGGCAGCUGGAGUCACUGCCCGCCACCCACAUCAGAGGGAAAUGCAGCGUCACUUUGCUGAACGAGACCGAGUCACUCAAGUCCUACCUGGAGCGGGAGGACUUCUUCUUCUAUUCUCUAGUCUACGACCCCCAGCAGAAGACCCUCCUGGCUGACAAGGGAGAGAUUCGUGUAGGGAACCGGUACCAGGCAGACAUCACCGACUUGCUGAAGGAAGGUGAGGAAGAUGGCCGAGACCAGUCCAAACUGGAGACCAAGGUGUGGGAGGCGCACAACCCGCUCACAGACAAGCAGGUCGACCAGUUCCUGGUGGUGGCCCGCUCCGUGGGGACCUUCGCCCGGGCCCUGGACUGCAGCAGCUCAGUCCGACAGCCCAGCCUGCACAUGAGUGCCGCGGCCGCCUCCCGGGACAUCACCCUGUUCCACGCCAUGGACACACUGCACAGGAGCGUGUACGACGUCGCCAAGGCCAUCUCAGCCCUGGUGCCGCAGGGCGGGCCCGUGCUCUGCAGGGAUGAGAUGGAGGAGUGGUCGGCUUCGGAGGCCAGCCUUUUCGAGGAGGCCCUGGAAAAAUAUGGGAAGGAUUUCACAGACAUUCAGCAAGAUUUUCUGCCCUGGAAGUCGCUCACCAGCAUCAUCGAAUACUACUACAUGUGGAAGACCACCGACAGAUAUGUGCAGCAGAAACGCUUGAAAGCCGCGGAAGCAGAGAGCAAGUUAAAGCAAGUUUAUAUCCCCAACUAUAACAAGCCGAACCCAAACCAGAUCAGCGUCAACAGUGUCAAGGCAGGCGUGGUGAACGGCGCAGGGGCGCCAGGCCAGAGCCCUGGGGCCGGCCGGGCCUGCGAGAGCUGUUACAUGUCGUCUCUGCGCAUCUUGUUGGACAUAUUGGAAGAAAUAUGGUGGCUUGAAAAUGCCAACCCGGUUAGAUGGGGAGAGGCCAGGACCCAACCGCAGUAACAUGAGCCCCCAUGGCGUCCCAGCCCGGAGCAGCGGGAGCCCCAAGUUUGCCAUGAAGACGAGACAGGCCUUCUACCUGCACACCACCAAGCUCACGCGGAUCGCCCGGCGCCUGUGCCGAGAGAUCCUGCGCCCGUGGCACGCUGCCCGGCACC